CCUUUCAAUGGAGGAGUUGAAGUGAAGAAGUUAGCCGAGGCAGUAUAAUUAUUCGUUUAAAAGUAUAACUGGCACGAAUUUGGAUUAAUUUGAGUCACCGGAAGAAAGCGUAAAGCUACCAUGACUGUAGUAAUUGGAUUUGAGGGCAGUGCCAAUAAGAUCGGCAUCGGAAUCAUCAAGGAUGGUGAAGUGCUGUCCAACCCUAGACGGACCUACAUUACCCCCCCUGGUCAAGGCAAGGUUCAUGCCUAGUGACACUGCCAGGCACCACCGUGCUGUCAUACUGACUGUCCUGAAGGAGGCGCUGGAGCAAGCAGGGCUAAAGCCUGCAGACAUCGACUGUGUGGCGUACACAAAAGGUCCUGGGAUGGGUGCCCCCUUGGUGACGGUGGCUCUGGUGGCUCGUACAGUGGCACAGCUUUGGGGGAAGCCGCUCCUCGGUGUCAACCACUGUAUUGGACACAUUGAGAUGGGCCGACUCAUCACACAAGCCAACAACCCCACCGUGCUUUAUGUCAGUGGAGGGAACACACAGGUGAUUGCAUACUCAGAGCGGCGGUACAGAAUAUUUGGGGAGACCAUUGACAUCGCAGUUGGCAACUGUCUUGACAGGUUUGCCAGAGUUAUAAAGAUUUCCAAUGACCCCAGUCCAGGCUACAACAUAGAGCAGAUGGCCAAGAAAGGGAGUCAGUAUGUGGAGCUGCCAUAUGCAGUAAAAGGAAUGGACGUCUCAUUUUCUGGGAUUUUAUCCUAUAUUGAGGAUGCUUCUCAUAAGAUGCUGAGCUCUGGUCAGUGUGCAGCAGAGGACCUGUGCUUCUCCCUACAGGAGACUGUGUUCUCCAUGCUGGUAGAGAUCACAGAGAGGGCCAUGGCUCACUGCGGCUCCCAAGAGGUCCUCAUUGUGGGGGGUGUUGGCUGUAACAUGCGCUUGCAGGAGAUGAUGGGGGUGAUGUGUAAGGAGAGAGGAGCCAAGCUGUUUGCCACAGAUGAACAGUUCUGCAUCGACAACGGAGCAAUGAUUGCUCAAGCCGGCUGGGAGAUGUUUAGGUCCGGUCAAGUGACAGAGCUGGAAGACUCGUGGAUUACACAAAGGUACAGAACAGAUGAAGUGGAGGUAACGUGGAGAGACUGAGGACCUGACCUCUUGGUGCUACGUAUGAUGGCUGGUCUAGUACUCCAGUGAGGGGACCCAACAUUUUUCUGUACUUGUACAUUUUAACCCCAUUUAAUGCAGCCAAUUUGACGUUAAAGAUUUAGGGUUUGUUUGCAGUUACAUGACUUGUUAGUUGUGCAAAAUCAAACCUGAACUUUAAAUAAAAAAAAAAAGGGAACAUUUCAAGUUUAUUCAUUUUUAUUAAGCAAUACUGUUCACUUACAUUCCUCCUUUCUCCAGUGUAAAUUUUUUUUAUUCAAUAAAUUUUCUUUUCAAAAAUCAACAUACUGAACAUGGUAUAAGAUCCCUUAUGGAUUUAUGAGUAACAUUCACCCGAUUGGGGAACCAAAUAAAAACAAAAAGGGACACAGCAUUAAGAUCUGGUGGGUAAAGGGUGAACUCUACUGUGCCUUUGACUACACCCUUCUGUAAACUGAAGACACGGGAUACACAAGUCCUCUGCAUACAUUAACCAUAAAACUCUAGCAGGUACAAGACAUUCUUCUGUUUCUAAUUGAAGGAGGGGGGAAAAGAAGAAAAAAUUCGCUCUGGUGAGGGUUUCUCGCACACGGAUUGGUCACAACAGAUUUUUUUUUAACAAAGUGCUUGAUUGACCACUCGCUUUACAGAAGACAAAAAAACAGCGAUAAAACUGACUGCAGCUUCCAAAAGGGGGAAAAAUUAAAUUACAGCUCAGCGUAGAUUGUUUAAAACAAAUGACCAGCUCUACACAUACAAGCUAAAAAGGUAAUGAGGCGAUGAAAACAGGUCUGAUUAAUUAAGGCAGGCUUUCUGUAAGGCGUUAAAAAAGUCCAUUGCUGUAAGAUCUCAAAGGAGUUAGUCCAAAGUGUCUCAGUGUGGCUUUGCGUGAAGACAUCAUCCUGAGUGCAGUGUGUGUGAACGGGACUCAUACAUUUGUCCAUCUUUAUGUGUUUAAAUGUGCAUGUAGGUGUGUGUUGUAUACGUGUCUGUAUAUACUUUGGGUGUCUCACACUGCUAGGCUGGGUGCUCCUGGGUCUCCUUGUACCAGACCACCUUUUUUGGAACUGCAAUACAUGAGAACAAAACAACGUCAGGGAGAAGUUUGGAAAAACAGGAAGAAAAAUAAAAAAAAAUAAAAAAUAGAAGUUACAAUAAAUUUGUAUCGAUUAUAAUGUAUAAAAUCAAUAACAUUUGAGUGUCUCGUAACCCUAACCAGGCAAUAAAUUGUUAGUCAUAAUACCGGUAUAAUUUAUCAGAUUUUCUAAAAUUGUAUUGUAACGUCAUAGGAUAUACACACCGAGCAUUGCUGAAAGCUAAAUCGCUUCACUUUGGAGGAGUUAGUUUAAAAGGGGAGCUAAAGACUGUGGCAGUGUGGGCCUGAGGAUACAUACGGGAGGUAUAGGAAAACUUGUUUAGUUACCAUACCCGGAAUUAAUGAUGAUCCUCAGUCUCUCAUCCACAACUGCUGCGUUACACAAACACGGCUAAUAGCUAAUUGUUACAAACAAGUGCAAGUUAUUUUGUGGAGCUGCCUCAUAGUGAAGGCUCUGAAUGACGUAAGUUCCCUCUAGUAAGCAGUGUUCCAGUGUGCGUCUGGGGAUUUUACUGUUCACGAGGCCGGAGUAAUAAAGUUGAUGCCGUCUUGGUUGCAGACUAUUAUUUUAUUACCAUCAUAAAGUAUAAGGGCAGCGUAACCUGCAGGCAGUGAAUCACAUCAGCAGAGGGAGGAGGACCGAAACCGACGGAUUUCACUCAACAGGAUUUGUUUCCAGUGAGAGAUAUUAACGAGUUUAAAUGGUGACUCUGCUGUUACAUUACUGUUUAGCCAACUUCUCCAGAAACAAUGUUAAGCAUAGUUAUAUUUCAAAUGUAUAUUCAAUUCUAAUCCCAUUAUGAAUUUUGAAUUAUGAAGCAAACACGUCGUACAGACCUAAUGCUUUGUAACAUGACAGCUGGUCAAAACAAAUGCAGGUCUGAGUAUGUAACACAAGUUACAGCAGGAAGAGUAGAGGAUGAUAGUAAAUAUUUGAUAGGCUAAAGACAAUAUUGUGUCAUAUCGGUAAUCAGACACACCCAGAGAGGUCAUAUUAUUUUAGGGCCGUAUGGCCCACCGCUAUAACAAAUGAUUCAUGCUCCCAAUUGGCCAAAAGCAUGGUUCUAUCUGUUAUAUAAACAUUUUACAAGC